GUUAUUAAGGGUUUUGCCUCUUUUCUUCGUUUAAUUCUUCGUCUCUAGGGUUUUUUCCCCUCGCCUUCGGAAUUCCAAUUUGCCGUCUUUCUGUGUAUUGGGCUGCUGACUUUUAAUCCAGUUUUUAUUUUUGACCGUGUUGGCGUUCUCUUCGGGUUCUGAUCUUCCAGUUCUUUGAAUUGAGGAUUAGCUUAGGGUUUCCUGAUCCGUAUAAGUUUGAGAACUUUUUGUUCGGGUAGUUUGAUUCGAGUAUAUUUGUGAGCGAUGCCACCGAGGACGGUGAAGAGAGGGGCUGCAGCUGCGGCCAGGAGAGGGGGAAGAGGUGGCAGAGGAACGCCGAAGGCUGCCCAGAAUCAGCAGAAUCUUGAUUUUGUGGAAGAGAUUGUGAAGCAUGAAGAAAAGCCGGUCGUUGAGGAGAAGCCCGUCGUCGAGGAGAAACCGAUCGUUGAGGAGAAGCAAGUGGGUAUUGAUAUGAAUCAGAUGGCUUUUGAUAUUAACCAAGUCGCUUCAGAGGCUGAAGAAGCGAAUCUUGUCACAAAUGGGUCGGCUGCUGUGAAAAACAAUGAAGAGGAGGGUAAGGAGUCGAUAGAUGAAUAUGAAAAAGAUGAACGCUUAGAUCUGGAGGAUAAUGAUCCAGAAUAUGAACCUGAGGAGUAUGGGGGGGUUGACUAUGAUGAGAAGGAAAUUGAGCAAGAUGACAUUCAGGAGGUAGGAGAGGAGAUCGAGGAAGAUCCUGAUGAGAAUUUAGGUGAAGAAGAGGGUGAUAUGGUUGAGGAGGAAGUGGAGGACGUUCAUGGAGAACUUGAGGGUGAAGAGGAUGAUGAGAAUCCUGGAGAGGAGCAUGAGCGUGAGGAGAUUGCCGAUGUAGAGGAAGAGGAACACCAUGAAGGUUUGAAGGAGAGGAGAAAGCGCAAGGAAUUUGAAGUAUUUGUUGGAGGCCUAGAUAAAGAUGCUACUGAGGAUGACCUGAGGAAGGUGUUUAGUGCAGUUGGUGAGGUUAUUGAAGUGAGGCUUAUGAUGAAUCCUCAGACUGAAAAGAAUAAGGGUUUUGCAUUCUUGCGUUUUGCAACUGUGGAGCAAGCAAAACGAGCUGUAACAGAGCUGAAAAAUCCAGUGAUUAAUGGCAAACAGUGUGGGGUAACCCCCAGUCAGGACAGUGAUACCCUCUUUUUGGGUAACAUAUGCAAGACUUGGACAAAGGAAGCUUUAAAGGAGAAGCUAAAGCAUUAUGGAGUGGACAAUGUGGAGGAUCUGACUUUAGUAGAAGAUAGUAAUAAUGAAGGAAUGAAUCGUGGAUUUGCUUUUUUAGAAUUUUCAUCUCGGUCAGAGGCUAUGGAUGCCUUUAAGCGAUUGCAGAAGAGAGAUGUUGUGUUUGGAGUUGAUAGGCCUGCAAAGGUUUCCUUUGCAGAUUCCUUUAUUGACCCAGGUGAUGAGAUUAUGGCACAGGUUAAAACUGUAUUUAUUGAUGGUCUGCCUCCAUCAUGGGAUGAGGAUCGUGUCCGGGGUCUUCUUAAGAGAUAUGGGGAGAUUGAGAAGAUUGAGCUUGCCAGAAACAUGCCGUCUGCUAAGAGGAAGGACUUCGGAUUUGUUACAUUUGAUACCCAUGAUGCUGCUGUGACAUGUGCCAAAAGCAUUAAUAACUCUGAGAUAGGUGAAGGAGAUAGUAAGGCAAAAGUUAGGGCAAGAUUAUCAAGACCACUUCAGAGAGGCCAUGGAAAACAUGGUGGUCGUGGGGAUUUUCGGUUAAGUCGUGCUUCUGGAAGAGCCACAAGACCAUCAUGGAGUCGACCAGCACCUCGUUUACCUGCCCGUGGUGUAAGGGGCAUUAGUAGUCGUGUUCCUCUGGUCAGGCCUGUUAGUGUGAGAGAUAGACGUCCAGCCAUGCCAAUGACAGUGAGGGCUAGGCCUGUGGCUCCUCCAGCUAGAUCCUAUGAUAGGAGACCAGCUGUUCCUGCAUAUCCAAAAAGUAGUAUGAAGAGAGAUUAUGGCCGGCGUGAGGAGUUACCACCGCCAAGAAGUAGAGUAGCUGCAGAUUACGGCUCUAGGGUGGCCUCUGAGAGACGCCCAUCUUAUAGGGAUUAUCCUGCCCGUGGCCCUACCUACUCUGAGCUUCCUAGAAGUACUUCAUCUCGUGUGGCACCUCGGAGGGGUUAUGUGGAUGAAGGCUAUGUCCAAAGAUUUGAGAGGCCUCCUCCUCCUCCACCUCCACAUCCAAGUUACCGUGAAGGACGUCCUCGUGAUUAUGAUACUCUCUCUGGCUCGAAACGUCAAUAUGCUGCCAUGGAUGAUGUUCCUCCACGAUAUGCAGAAAGUGGUGCUCGCCAAUCAAGAGCUCGAUUGGAUUAUGACUAUGGUGGUAGUACUUCACAGUAUGGGGAUGCUUAUGGUGAUAGACUUGGAAGAUCUAGCAUGGGCUAUAGUGGUGGUAGGAGUUCUAUGUCAAGUCAGGACUCACAUGGGAUGUAUAGUAGUCGUCAAGGCAUGAGUUAUGGUGGAGGUUCUUUUGGCAGUAGUGAUGUUGGUGGUAUGUACUCCUCCAGUUAUGGUGGUGAAUACAUUUCUCGUGGAAAUGAUGUUGGUAGUGGCUCAUACUCAUCGCUAUAUCCUGGCAGAGGUGUGGGUGGUAGUAGCAGUUACAUGGGUGGUAGUGGGUCUGGGUCUUAUUAUUAAGGCAAGUACUUAGUUAUAACUUUGUUAUUGCAUUGAACUACAUGAAGCUCCUAAUAUUAGAUAUUAGAUAAUAUCUUUAUUGUGAGAAAGUUAAUUAUCCUCAGCAUAGCAUCUCUACAUAUUUAUCCCAAGGGAUGACUGGCGAAGGUUGUGCACUAUGGUCACUAGUGAAUUUGUCUAUGAACAGAUAUGGUAUAAUAAAGUGAGCUGCUUUAGGAUGUUGAUGAAGGUUGCGCACUAUGGUCACUAAGGUUGUGCGCUAUGCAAAAUAUGGUGCCUUCAAUGUGGAGAAGACAAAGGACUAUGGGAAUUUAUCAAAUACCAAGAGUUAUUUCAGUUCAAACUAUCAUGGUUCUUCUUUGGAUGGGAUUUAUUCCAGUUGGUUCUUCAAUUGUGAUGUAAGGGCUGAGUUAUUUAGAGAUGAUAAGUUCUCAACAUGUGUAACUUGAACCUCCUUUUAUCUAAAUAAGAAUUCCAUAUGGGUGGAUAAUUAUAAGA